UUCGCCCCAAGUCUUUAAAUGUGUCACUCCAAUCGUGUGCAGAAACGGAGGACGAGGAGGCUCGCUUCGUGUUAACGGCGCACAGCCCCGUGAGCACGAAGAGAUCAAACACAUAGCGACCCGUUAAAGUAAAGAUAAAUGAAAGUGGAGAGACGAUGUUUGCUGUCGACUGAAGUCUACUCCGAGAAACGAGAUGAAGAGGAAGCUGCUUCGUGGUUUCCUGUCGGAAAUUUCCAUCCGACUGGCGCUGCUGCUCGUGUUCCUUGUAACGGAGCAGCUUUCUCCCUUCUACCGUGAGAUCCAGCCAGAGGAGAUGUGGUUGUAUAAAUUCCAUCGGGUGGAGAGCGACCACGUGCCCACCGCUGUGAUGUUUAGUGUGGCGGUCUUCACUCCGCUGAUCGUCAUCCUGGUCUUCACCUUCCUGAAGAAGACAGAGCGAGGAGAUCUGAAGGAGGCCUCGCUGGCUGUGACUUUGACUCUGGUUCUGAACGGAGUCUUCACCAACGUCAUCAAACUCAUUGUUGGCAGGCCACGGCCCGACUUCUUCUAUCGCUGUUUCCCAGACGGUCAGAUGAACCUGGAGUUGCGCUGCAGCGGUGACCCAGAUACCGUCAUAGAGGGAAGGAAGAGCUUUCCCAGCGGGCACUCUUCCUUUGCCUUCGCAGGUCUGGGUUUCACGGCGCUGUACGUCGCGGGUAAGCUGCGCUGCUUCAGCACGGCGGGCCAAGGCCGAGCGUGGCGGCUGUGCGCCUUCCUCACGCCGCUGCUCGCCGCGACCGCCAUCGCGCUCUCCAGAACCUGCGACUAUAAACACCACUGGCAAGACGUGCUGGUGGGUUCCCUGCUGGGCUUCUCCUUCGCGUGGUUGUGUUACCGGCAGCACUACCCUCCUCUUCAGGAAGCCGACUGCCACAGACCUCUGCGUCACAGAGAGACUGUUCCCGCCGCGCAGGAGCGCAAGCUCGCCAACUCCAACUACAUCCUGCCGCGGUAGUGCAUCCACGCUGGGUUACGUGGUAAUCCGUGGUGUUCUAGGUUUUUUUUCUUUUUCUCACACACCCUUCCGCAUCUGAGCAGUUUACCAAUAUUUGUUUUGUUUGUUGUGUAUCAUCCUCACCGUACCACAGGGGAUGUGUGAAUAACAACUCCAGUUUAACAGUUGCUUUGUUUGAGUCUCUGAAACCAAAAUGGACGUGGUAGUCCACAUGAAAGUUCUCGGCGUUGGAGGGCCAGCCCUACACACGCACAUACACACACACACACACACCCUGUGUAUUGUGCCUCUGGAUCAGCUGAGCAGGUGAACAACACAAGCGCUGCACUAAUAGUCUCCUCCCGCAUCAAACACGGACUCACUCUCAUGUCGGAAAGCUAAUCUGGUGAUUUGUUUUUUUGAAAACAUGCCGAUUUUGAGUUUUGUUUUCCAACUAGCAGGUUGAGGAAAAGUCUUCAGUGUUUGGCGUCUGCAUCGAUGUUUUGUUCCAAACCUUUUCGGGUAACGAUAUAUGGGGAAGAGAAUCUGAGCUCCACCUGUUGACGGUUAACCUGCAAUGCUUUGGAUAAUUGAUCAAUCUUUUAUGUUCCUAGAUUCUUUUAUUUAUAAACACUUGGUUUCUCAAAUGUGAAAAUGUGCGGUUGGGAAUUUAAUAUAUAUAUAAUAUAUAUAUAUAUAUAUAUAUAGGGGUUGAACUGUUGGUAAUUUGAAGGUUGUAAGAAUUUUUUUUAUUUUUAAUAUUAUUUUGACAUUUAACAGCUAUGAGCAAUGAAUUUAAGAAAUAAUGAAACUUUGUGAAAUUUAAAUUAUGAAUUGCACUUUCAUAUAUACAAAAAAAAAGGCUCAACAAUUUACUUAACCAGCUGAGUACUGUAGCUUUGAGUAAACGUGACUCAAACCAGGAGUAAAUGGGGCUGAUAUUCAUUUACAUUAACGAUGGAGGUCUACGGCACCAAUGAAUAAGACUUUAUUAGAAAGAUUAAUUUUAUUGUUGCUUUACUUUUUGACUUGUCAACAACAACUAAAAGAAAAGUACUUAAUAUCACCUGUAUGUAUGUGUAUGUGUAUAUAUCGUAUCCCACGGUACGCAUCAACAUCAGGUCCCGUUCAUGUGUGAUGCACCGAUGUAGCAGCUCCACUCUCCUCAUCUCGCUUUUUUCUGCAUCGCUCUGCUUUACUUUCAUUUUGAUACAUGCUAUUAUUAUUGUUAUUAAUAUUAAUAAUAAUUCCAUCUUUUCAUCUGCUGACAUGCCUGUAAAGUAAAGUUGUUCCUUGGCGAGUCGUCUCUGGCUCACUGCAGGCUGACGUACCCCUCUGGGCUCCUCUGCCAACACGUGUUGGCGUGUGACUCCAGGUGACGCUGCUCGCCUCUCAGUGCUCCUGCUGGUCAGGUUUUCUAUCCUGUUCAUAGUUUCAUCAACUUUCCUUUUCAGACGGUGAACGCUGAAGACUGGGAUUCAGUUAUGUUUUUAUGUUUACUUAUUUAUCUUGGUGGGGGUAUUUCUGUUUGCUUCUAAUUUAAAUCUUUCCGUCGUGUUCAUAUCAUUGUUUUUUGGAUUUGGAGAAGGGAAAAAAAAGUCACGCGUGACUGUUUGUUCAGGUGGGAAGAUGAGAAGCGACCAAACAUCUGUGUGUGUGUGUGUGUGUGUGUGUGCGUGCGUGUGUGAGCGUGUGUGAGAAACCAGCCGGAGUUUUGCACUUUGGCUCGUCGCUGUGAAUCUGGCUUGAAUCCGCCGGAUCACAAGAGGUUUCAGGCCAAUCGGUGUGCCUUUGUUCACGACAUUACCUCCUGAGUUAAGGAAUGAAGUAUGUGCUGCAUGUUACGCCGUAAGCUUUAUUGUUUUAAAUCUUUACAUCUUAAUGUUUUCUGAAUUUUUCUUUCAGUUGGUAUAUGUUUAAAAAAAAGAAAAAUGUAGGUACUUUCCAUGUGUUUUUAUUGUCGAUGGAGUCAUAUGUGAAGAUGUCUGGGCAGAAACAUGUAAAAGUUACAACAUUCGAGAUUGGUCAAUUUUACUGGUAUUUAUGAGUGUAUUUAAUCUUGGGGCAUGUAGGAGUUUACUUGAAUUUUUAAUAUUUCUUUGUUUAUGUUUUAAUGUGGUCAUGGUGUUUAAUAAAAAUAGGCACUUGGCUUUCUAGAGGGCUCCUUCAGACCAAAUAAAAAGUCCAUUAUAAAAUCCUGCAUGUUUCUUAGCUAAAUAGCAACAUAUUUUCUUCACUACUUCCUUCCAAAUCCUCACAUUUCUAUCUGUUUCUAUUGAUUUGAUGUGAUUCUCAGUUCAUGAAUACAAUAGGUUGUUAAAUUAUGUCUGGACUCCUUCGGAUCCUCUAUUUGUGACAACGGACUACAACAUCUGCCUGUUUGCUUCGUUUACGCCGCUCAUCAUGACUUGCCUUGGCUCGUAGGACCAAGUAGCGGACGCUCGGGCUGAAAACAUAUCCUGAUUGUACAUGUGAUGCUUUCAAUGACUUUUGGUGACACUAAACAAUGUUUCUAAAUAAUCUUGCAAUACA